AUAAACAAGUUAGCAUCAGUCAGUAGUAUCAACGCGACUGCGGUGUUAAAAUGGCGUGUUGUAAAGGUCCCGGUUACAAGAGCCCGCUGGAGGCGUUCCACAAGGGACCACGUGAACAGCUGAUGUACGUGGUAUGCGUCCAGCCGGACCUCACCAAGCAGGACUACUUGGCCACUGUGGAUAUUGAUCCAGACUCCCCUACGUACAGUCAGGUAAUACACCGGACGUACACGGGUUCAUCGGGCGACGAGUUGCACCACAGCGGGUGGAAUGUCUGCUCCAGUUGUCACGACAGAGCCGAUCUGAAAAGGGACCUACUGAUACUACCUAGCCUUCAUUCGACCAAAGUAUUUGUCGUCGACGUCGGGACCGAACCCCGCAAACCCGAGCUGUAUAAAGUAAUAGAGGGGUCCGAAAUGAGGUCAGUGAACUGUACGUUCCCGCAUACCGCACACUGCCUGGCGACGGGAGAGAUCAUGAUAUCCACCAUGGGAGACAAAGACGAGAACGGCAAAGGGGACUUCGUGCUCAUCGACGCGAAAACUUUGAAAGUGACAGGGACAUGGACGAAAGGGAAGACAGCGGCAUUUGGGUACGACUUCUGGUACCAGCCCUAUCAAAACGUGAUGGUAGCUUCUGAAUGGGGCAGCCCUAUUGAUUUCAAAACCGUAUUUCAUCCUACACAUAUAGCGGACAAAACCAAGUAUGGGACGAGUCUCAACGUGUACAAGUGGUCCACCAGAGAACUGGUGCAGGUUAUAGACCUGGGACCAGAAGGUUGCGCGCCCCUUGAGAUCAGGUUUUUACACAACCCAAAAUCCUCGCAAGGUUUCGUUGGAUGUGCAGUUGAAGCCAAUGUUUACAGAUUCUACAAAGCAGAAGACCAAAGCUGGAAGGCCGAAAAGGUUAUUGACAUCCCAGCGAAAAGGAUCGUAAAAGACGGCGUGGAAUCAAAACUCAAUGGUUUAAUAUCGGACAUUCUCAUUUCUCUGGACGACAAGUAUUUGUACCUGUCGUGCUGGCUCCACGGCGACGUUCACCAGUAUGACAUAUCUGACCCGGAGCACCCCAGGCUCACUGCGAAAAUCACCUUGGGAGGACAGGCCGUUAAUCAUAACCUCAAAGUUAAAGAUGAGGAGGAAUUAAAACCCGUGUUCAUAAAAGGCAAGAGGCUAUACGGCAGCCCGCAGAUGUUACAACUUUCAUUAGACGGGAAGCGACUAUACGUAUCUUCAUCACUCUAUUCCCCCUGGGAUAAGCAAUUUUACCCCCAAAUGACAGAACAGGGCGGCUGGAUGGUAAAACUAGACGUCGACAUAGUCAAUGGAGGAAUGAAUCUAGACACUAAUUUUCUGGUUGAUUUUGGAAGUGAGCCAAAUGGGCCUGUUCUACCCCACGAGAUGAGAUAUCCUGGAGGGGACUGCACAUCUGACAUAUGGCUGGCAGAAGACUAAGUAUUAUGGGUACAGGGGUCCAAAAUGGUCCAUAUUAUUCCCCCUCUUUUCUCUUUGUACAAACUGGCUUGACAAUUUUAUAUAAAAUAAUAUGUAUGCCCCUACA